UAUUCUUGCAGCCGUUCCCGCUAUUCGCCUGCGCAGAGCCAUGCGCCUGCACGAUCCCCGCCUAUCAUCGUGGCUCCCAUGCCGCGACGAUCCAUGUUCAGAGACGCCGCGUCUAUAGCUGGCGGUGUUACCGUGGGCACCACUGUGGGCCACUUAGCGGGAGAAGCGAUCACCGGGUUGUUCGGCGGCGGGCGGCGUUACUCGGAGGUACAGCAAGCGGUCCCGAAGGAUUAUCGCAUGGGCUCGGACCCCAGCGGCCCGUGCGCGUACGAGAUCGCGCAGUUCCUGCAGUGCGCAAGCCUGGCGGAGGACCUUGGCCAGUGCCAGCCGUAUAAAGACUCACUGCUCGAGUGCAAGCGGCGCAAUAGAAUACCUUGAAACCAACAUAUUACUUUGGGUUUAAAUCUCAGCCAAUCGGUCAGCUCAACAUGUAGCAAAGCAAUAGACACUAAGCAAUAAACUGAACAACAAAUUUUCUUUUUUCAUUUGUAGAGUAUUUUAUUAUCUGAUUAUUUGCUAUUUUAUUGUAUGACUAUUUUAUAUCUGGAUUAUGAUGCGGCGUUGAUAAAAAUAAAUAAAAGACACAAGUACAGGUGUAUAC